CAAAUAAAUACCCUACUCACGAUACAAUUGGAAGGAUUUAUUCGACUCGAUUCCUCUAAACCAGAAUGAAUAUCUCUGCUUCUUCAUCUUCUUCGCAAUUGAAGAUAGCGGCGUCUACAUAUUCGUGACGGCGCAGCCGCAUUAGUUCGAAGUUAAUUCCAGAGAACGAGUGCUUCGCCGAAGGAAUAGGAGAGAAGAAACUAAAUUCGGAGGAGGAAGGAUGUGCGUGAUUCUCGAGCGAGGAGGAGACGGGAAACAGGCGGCUGAACCCGGCGGUGGAGUGCUUGCGCCGCCGCCUUCCAACUUGUCAGCGCUGAAUGAUCUCUCCAUCUACAGAUCCGGCCUCCCGCCGUCUCCGCCUAACUUCUCAGUGGUGGAAGAUCUCUGCAUAUACAGAUCCGGCCUCCCGCGGCCCUCCAAUUUCCCGUUUCUCCAAACCCUAAAUCUCCGCUCUAUCAUAUAUCUGUGUCCCGAGCCCUACCCUGAAGAGAACAGGGAGUUUCUCCGCCUCAACAAUGUAAAGCUUUUCCAAUUUGGAAUCGAAGGCACCAAGGACCCAUCUGGCAUAUCCAGGACCGCCAUAACUGAGGCUCUGAGAGUCCUGAUUGAUGUGAGAAACCAUCCGGUGCUGAUCCAUUGCAAGCGCGGGAAGCACCGGACAGGGUGUCUGGUGGGGUGCCUGAGGAAGUUGCAGAACUGGUGUUUGUCUUCUGUGUUGGAAGAGUACAAACAUUUUGCAGGCGCGAAGUGGAGGGAAUCUGACUUGAGGUUUAUUGAAGAAUAUGAUGCUCCUUCCAUCAGGCAUUCCCUUCAGAGCAUCAUCUACCGCUACACUGCCUCAACGAAGAGGCGCUUACUCUGCGGAGAAGAAGAGCGUGCUGACAAGCCUGCAAGGAUUGCUCGGGUUUAGAAAUUAUGGAAGUUCUUACCGAAUCACCUGUUCUGCUCUGUUUUUUUUGCAGUCACAAUCAUUCUGACUUUUUAUAGCCAAACCUUUGAAUUUUUAAAAUUUAGUGAGGUAGUCAUCAACUUUUGAUUUUAGGUAUUGAAUGGUCCAAUGAGCAACAUAAAUAGAGUUAGACUUACUUUUAGGAUUGAUGAAUAGACUUACUUUUAGAAUUGAAUUGUCUAAAUUUGUUGUAGAUGUCAAUUUUUCAUAGAAUUUUUCUUUAGUGUAUUAAUAAAAUUCUUCUCAAUUUGAC